AUGUACUUUUCAGGAAUAAAUGACAAAAGCAUCACUUUCGACGACCCUGAUGGGAGGUGUAUUAGAGUCAACCGGGAGCUAUAUACUAGAGUCGAAGACGAUAAUGAACAAAAUGCAAGAGUAUUUUUAGAUACUCGUUUGUUAAGGAUACGCAGUAAAGGAGUAGAGGGAGAGAUUGGCUCGGAGAAAUUAAUCACGAAGAGUGAUGUGUCUGUUUCUGUUGAGACUAGAGCUUCUUUGCCUAUACUUUUUUAUGUGACUAAUGCAUUAAUAUUAGCUGAAUUUCGGGAGAUAAGUAGCAAUGAAUUUAAAGACAGAUACCUUGCACCUCUUGAUAAAGCAAUUAAGAUGUCAAGCCUUGCUGGUGAUAUAUUGUCUCGAAAAUAUUCGUAUCCAUUAGGAGAUGCAAUGCAUGUGGAAAACGAUAUACAACGGUACUUUGAUAAAUACAUAGCACGAGAAAUUGAUGAACUCUACCGAAACAUGGGUGGUGAACAUCACUAUUUUGGUAAGCCAUCAAUUAUAAGGCCGCCAUUAGAAAGAAAAAGGAUAAUACAACCUGAUAUAGUACAUCUUGCAGGGAAUGUGUCGAUGCCGAAUGAUCAAUGUCCAGAAAUUUGUUAUGCUAUAGGUGUUUACAAAAAAGGAAAUUAUUAUUUGGCUGAAGGGUUUAAAGAAUUAAAGGCUACUAUAAAAGACCACAAGGAAAGGAUUCCAAACACGAGAGUUUUAAGACUGCAAUCAACUCGAAGCUUGUUCCAAGAUCGCGAGUGGACUCCUAGGGUAAUAUGUGCUUUGGUUUUGAGAAAGUAUCUAUAUCAAGCUUUACUCUGUGGGACUAACCGAGUAUUUAUCUCAGACCAUCAGUUGUUUUCCAGCUUUUUAGAAUACAGAAUUACCGAUAACAACCGGAUGGCUAUAGAUUACUACAUUAUCAAUGACCCAGAGACUGUCGCAAAUGGUAUCACUUUAAGAUCAGCAAUGACAGGGUUUUUCUAUAACAGCGACUCAGGGGCACGGGAUAUUCGUGAAAGGUUAAGAUCUUCAUUUAAGGUAGGCAAGCAAACGAAAGGAUCAGAUCCAUUUGGAAACAUACUUCCUAGACCGAUAGUAAAGUCGUUAUAUAAUCGUAAAGGUGGAAUGUUAUCGGAAGAUGAACUCUUAGGUAAUUUAGAGCCUAUAGAAGAAGAUGAUGAUAUCAAUGAUUAUGGUGAGAUCUGCGGUAACACAUAUUGCCGAAUAAUAUAUGAUGCACUCAAAUGGUACCCUGGUUUAGGUCUGAAACUUCCUCCCAACGUGUUUGUUAAAAUGUACAACUAUCCUAAGCUGGCAUUUGAGAGUUUUCCAGAAAAGUGCAGUUACUAUGAUAUGUUCGUCAACGAGCUUGAGAUGAAUAUACUCAUCAGUAAAUCACAGUUUAGAAUUAAAUUUCCGAAGCUAAUUGCUUCAGGAUAUUGGAAUGGGAUGUCAACUCAUCCAAUGCAUAUAUUUGAAUAUUUGGGCGAGGAAAAGCCAAUGGAAAAAUGGGACUAUGAUAGGGUGUAUGAAGUUAUUCAGGAAAGGCUCAAGGAGCUUCAUCUGAUGGGGAUUGCACAUAAUGAUGUCAGACUUGGUAAUAUCCAUGUUUCGAUAUCUGGUAGAAUAUCUUUAAUUGACUUUGGGUUGUCAACCUGUCCAAGUACUGAAAAACUUAAGCAAGAUGAUCUCAUAGCAUUAGACCAUAUAUUUAGUAAGACUGCUGAAGAAAAUAACCAAGCCACUCAGAAUUAUAAUGAUGAUCAAAUUGUUUCUAUGCAUAGCGUUGAUGAUAGUUUCUCUGUAAGGCAAUGCAACGAUGCUAACAAUUCUUAUGAUGAAACCGUCUUUGAUAGGAUGAGCGAGCACUCCCGAGAGACUGAAUCGACGAAAGAAGAUACUACAUUUAAAAGAUGA